ACCAUAGAAAAGCUGUGUUGUGUUCUUCUCAGCGUGUCCUGUCGGAGAUUGAAAUCACAAAAGAUACAUACACGCGUUCUUCUUAAGAGAAAAAGGAAAUCUGUGUACCUUAUUGUCGGCUUCCAAAGAUUACUAACUUCUAUCUGUAGCAUUAAAAUUGAACUGCCUUGGCUAUACUGCUACUCUCACUGCUGCUUCCAUUAUUGCCUUCUUCAGCAAAAUAAGGCUUUCUGCAGCCAAAGAAUAACAAGACACAAACACCACUGUAGAAGCCUUGCCACUAUGAAACUUAGGCUAAACGUGCUCACCAUUAUUUUGCUGCCUGUCCACUUGUUAAUAACAAUAUACAGUGCCCUUAUAUUUAUUCCAUGGUAUUUUCUUACCAACGCCAAGAAGAAAAACGCUAUGGCAAAGAGAAUAAAAGCUAAGCCCACUUCAGACAAACCUGGAAGUCCAUAUCGCUCUGUCACGCACUUCGACUCGCUAGCUGUUAUAGACAUCCCUGGAGCCGACACUCUGGAUAAGUUAUUCGAUCACGCCGUGUCCAAGUUUGGGAAGAAGGACAGCCUUGGGACCAGAGAAAUCCUAAGUGAAGAAAACGAAAUGCAGCCUAAUGGAAAGGUUUUUAAGAAGUUAAUUCUUGGGAACUAUAAAUGGAUGAGCUAUAUUGAAGUGAACUGCAGAGUGAAUAAUUUUGGUAGCGGACUCACUGCCCUGGGACUGAAACCAAAGAACACUAUUGCCAUUUUCUGCGAGACCAGGGCCGAAUGGAUGAUUGCGGCCCAGACCUGCUUUAAGUACAACUUCCCUCUUGUGACUUUAUAUGCCACACUUGGCAAAGAAGCUGUAGUUCAUGGGUUGAAUGAAUCUGAGGCGACCUACCUGAUCACUAGCGUUGAACUUCUGGAAAGCAAACUUAAGACUGCAUUGUCAGACAUCAGUUGUGUUAAACACAUCAUUUAUGUGGACAAUAAGACUAUCAAUAAAGCAGAAUACCCUGAAGGAUUUGAGAUUCACAGCAUGCAAUCAGUAGAAGAAUUGGGAUCCAAGCCAGAAAAUGUGAGCGUAGCUCCGAACAGACCGACCCCUUCGGACAUGGCCAUUGUCAUGUAUACCAGCGGCUCUACUGGCCGUCCCAAGGGAGUGAUGAUGCACCAUAGCAAUCUGAUCGCUGGCAUGACUGGCCAGUGUGAGCGAAUUCCUGGACUGGGACCAAAGGACACGUACAUUGGCUACUUGCCUCUGGCUCACGUACUAGAAUUGACCGCAGAGAUAUCUUGCUUUACCUAUGGCUGUAGGAUUGGGUAUUCUUCUCCACUUACACUUUCUGACCAGUCCAGCAAAAUUAAAAAAGGAAGCAAAGGGGAUUGCACUGUACUGAAGCCUACACUCAUGGCAGCUGUUCCGGAAAUCAUGGAUAGAAUUUAUAAGAAUGUUAUGAGCAAAGUCCAAGAGAUGAAUUAUAUUCAGAAAACACUGUUCAAGAUUGGGUAUGAUUACAAAUUGGAACAGAUCAAAAAGGGAUAUGAUGCACCACUUUGCAAUCUGUUACUGUUUAAGAAGGUAAAGGCUUUGCUGGGGGGGAAUGUCCGUAUGAUGCUGUCUGGCGGAGCACCACUGUCGCCGCAGACACACCGAUUCAUGAAUGUCUGCUUCUGCUGCCCAGUGGGUCAGGGUUACGGACUCACAGAAUCGUGUGGUGCUGGGACAGUUACUGAAGUUACUGACUAUACUACUGGCAGAGUUGGAGCCCCUCUCAUUUGCUGUGAAAUUAAGCUAAAAGACUGGCAGGAAGGCGGUUAUACAAUUCACGACAAGCCGAACCCCAGAGGUGAAAUUGUAAUUGGUGGACAGAAUAUCUCCAUGGGCUAUUUUAAGAAUGAGGAGAAAACUGCAGAGGAUUAUUCUGUGGAUGAAAAUGGCCAAAGGUGGUUUUGUACUGGUGAUAUUGGAGAAUUUCAUCCUGACGGAUGUUUGCAGAUUAUAGAUCGUAAGAAAGACCUGGUGAAGUUGCAAGCAGGAGAAUAUGUAUCUCUUGGAAAAGUAGAAGCAGCACUGAAGAAUUGUCCACUCAUAGACAACAUCUGUGCAUUUGCCAAAAGUGAUCAGUCCUAUGUGAUUAGUUUUGUGGUUCCUAAUCAGAAAAGGUUGACACUUUUGGCACAACAGAAAGGAGUGGAAGGAUCUUGGGUUGAUAUCUGCAAUAACCCUGCCAUGGAAGCUGAAAUACUGAAAGAAAUUAGAGAAGCUGCCAAUGCCAUGAAACUGGAGCGAUUUGAAAUUCCAAUCAAGGUUCGCCUAAGUCCAGAGCCAUGGACGCCUGAAACUGGUUUGGUCACAGACGCUUUCAAACUGAAGAGGAAGGAGCUGAAGAACCAUUACCUCAAAGACAUUGAGCGAAUGUACGGGGGCAAGUAG